AUCCUCUUAUUCUCGAAUCUCUUUCUCGCUCCCUCUAACCAUUCAGCUUUCUCUCUCUUAACUUGGAAUUCAAGAAACAGAAAAAGAAGAAAAUGUCUUCGCAAAUCUCUGAAUCUGAACAAGAACAGCUCAUCGAAAAGCUGGAAGUUUUCAAGAUCAAAGGCAAGGAUAAACGCGGAAGAAAGAUUCUUCGCAUCGUCGGAAAAUUCUUCCCUGCUCGGAUGGUGAGCGUGGAAGUUCUGAAGAAGUUUCUGGAAGAGAAGAUCUUCCCGAGGCUGGGGAAGAAGCCGUUCUCGGUGGUGUAUUUGCACAGCGGAGUUCAGAGGAGCGAGAACUUUCCAGGAAUCUCGGCGCUGCGAGCGAUCUACGACGCGAUUCCGAUCGGCGUGAGGGAGAAUCUCGAGGCAGUUUAUUUUGUUCAUCCUGGAUUGCAAUCUCGCCUCUUCCUCGCCACUUUUGGCCGUUUUCUCUUCAGCGGCGGGUUGUAUGGGAAGCUAAGGUACGUGAGCAGGCUUGACUACCUGUGGGAGCACGUGAGGAGAAACGAGAUAGAGAUCCCUGAGUUCGUGUACGAUCAUGAUGAUGAUUUGGAGCAUCGUCCGAUGAUGGAUUACGGUUUGGAGAGUGAUCACCCUAGAGUCUACGGUGCACCCGCGGUAGACUCCCCCGUUUCUAUGUACUCAAUGAGGUGUAUCUCCUAGGAAAAUAUAAUAAAAUAUAAAAAAUCCGCCCCCGCCCCCCCCAAAAAAAAAAAAAACGAUGAACAUAAAAAUCAGUUUGUUUUUUUGUUGGGUUGUUGGAGUUGAGCCUUUGAAUGGUUUACAGACAUGAUGAUAGAUACAGUUUUUAGCUCCCAAUUUUUUUUUGGACUUGGAAAUUUGUAUAUAGAAGGUAGGAUUUGGGUGCACUUUUGGUUUUUCUUUUGGUCAAUAGGGUAAGGUCAUGUGCUUGUGUUUGAAAAGAGUAGUAAAAGCUUACUUGGAACUGAUAUUGAAUGUUCAAUGUGAUUUUUUU